UUGGUGACUGCAAGCAUUUCGAUUCCGGGAUCGGUUGCAGGUUUUUCGCUCAAAACCGCGGUGCGUCGUACGGAACGGUUCGAAAGUAGAUGCAAAGGGUACCGGAAACCCCUGGCCAUCGGAAGUGAAUCAAGUUCAAACGGAUACGAUCGGUUCUAGGUCGGUAGGAAGUGAAAUUGUUUUGUGCACCCUGGUGCUGCUACUAGGUGGGCCCCAUUUUCGCCCCGAUCGCCAUAGUCCCCAACAACAAUAUCAGCAGCAGCAUCAUUGAAGAAGGCUGUGACGACUACUACAUCGAUACGAGCACGCACGCACACACACGUGGGAAAGUGCUCGUCGUGAGAGAAGCUCUCUCUCACUGGCGGUAAAGAUGUGUGCGUGCUGCAUCGCAUAAUAGGGGGCAGCAAAAUAUCUGCCCCGAUGUUGAAUGGAUACAAGAAAAGUGCUGUGGAUCAUCAUCGUUGGGGAUAUACAGAUGGGUGUGUGUGUUUCAUUGGCAAAAGGCAAUAGGAAUCUAUCCGAGUGUGGUGAAAUGUAAACAUGGCCGAUUGACGAAAGGGAAUCAUCAUCGUAUCGGAUAGGAAUGUAACUCCGAAGCAAUUAUCCAAAUUUCCAACUAUGUGACAAGAUUUGAAAAUGUGAUUCUUCCGCGCGACAGAGUGCUUCAUCUGAAGUAGAUUCCGCAUUCAGUCACAUCUCCCUGUAGCCCUCUAGGAUAGGACAGUGAAAGUGAAAGAACCACAGUGAAUCCAACUGUGUGCAGUCAUUACGAAAAGAAAAAAAAAUCUACUGUGCCCUUUGAGAAAAGAGUGAAAAGUUUCCUCAGCAAAAGGAAAAAUUCCAGCAGGAUAUUGUGCAAUAUUGUUACCGCAUCACAUUUUGGGGUGGUGUUUAUUUGCGGGACAUUGUUCGGAAAUCAAUCGAGACAAAUCAUCAACAAACGAAAUAGACGGAGAACCACGUAAUUUGGGCAGCUCGGAACGCAGAGGCAAAAUAAUAAAAGAUGGUCCUUCAUUUGUAUUCAGAUCAACCGUCGCUGGCCGCCGCCGGAGUUGCUGCCAUUGCCGUCAGAAAAUGAAUCUCGGUCUCUGGGGAUGCUUGGUGCCCUGUGGACUGCAAUACUGGUGCGAGAGUAAAAGCGAUACAUGCAUUACGGAGAUGGGGGCGACGGCAUCGACUGAUUGUCCUGGUGGUGGGGGCGGUGCAACCGGAUCCGGUCCCAGUGGGAUUCCGGGCCUGACGGGUGCUGGUGGCAUGACGGGUGCUACCUCUACAACUACAACGCCGCUGACGGCUGCCGGGGCCUACGGACCGAUGGGUGGAAUAGGGAGUGGCCCAGGAGGAGGAGGAGGAGUAAUAGUGCGCGAGCGGCGGAAAAAGGUCACCGGCUUUGCGACACUGAAGAAGAAAUUAAUCCGGCGUCGACGGUCAUCGAAGGCCUGCGAUCAUGGGCGCGUCCUGAGAGAGUUUGUAUCCAGCUGGAGUCCGAUGGAGCUUUCUGCCCUUUUGGAGGAGUACGAAUCGCUGGCAUCUUUGAAGGACCUCUCGGUACAAGCCGAACUAGCCAGGCCACCGGCCACAACGUUCAAACAGGAUCUCGCCAGUUUGUACGACUACAAACACUGCACCGACUGUGAUUUGGUGUUCCGGGGAACUGUCUUCCCGGUGCACCGUGCGCUACUAUCUGCUCGCUGUCCGUACUUUCGAGAUCUGCUCGCCGGAUGUCCGGGCUACGGGGCGCGAAUUUGCCUCGAAUUACGCUCCUCACCGGUCGACGUACCGAUGUUCUCGUCACUGUUAAGAUACCUUUAUACAGGAGAUUUAUGUACACAUGAUCCGACCAUAGAUGUAAGUCUGCUACGUAGAUUAGGAGAAGAUUUCGGCACUCCGAAUCCGCUGGAGAACGAUUUGCGCUAUCUUCUGGAGACCGGCGAUUAUGCAGAUGCUGCUAUAGUGUUCACCUCAGAGGGAGGCGAUUAUCAUCGGCCGGAUUCCGGUAGCUCCGAGUAUGGUUUCCGACCGAAGCUAGAACUGCCUUGCCACAAGGCCAUCCUCAGUGCGCGGUCCCCAUUCUUCAAGAACAUGAUCCAGCGGCGUACGCGGAACAUCAACGAGGAACAUCAGCUGCACGGAACAGAUCGAUCACUUCACGUUCCAACCAGAAUCGUGCUGGAUGAAAGCGUUAUUCCCAAACGGUAUGCAAGGGUACUUUUGCAUGCUAUCUAUCUGGAUACGGUCGACCUAUCGUUGAUUUUGCGCGGCAAUGGAUGCGGAAGUGGAGCCGGAAGCCUCGGUGAGGUCCAAGCGCUUACGCACACCGGUCGUACAAGACCAUCUCCAUUGGAAGAAGCAAUGGAGCUUUAUCAAAUCGGUCGAUUCCUGGAGCUAGACAUUUUGGCACAAGGGUGCGAAGACUUAAUUUUGGAAUGGCUCUCGUUAGACACCUUGGCAACGGUUCUGCGUUGGGGUAGCCAACCACAUGGAUCAGCAUGGGUCUAUCGGCAGGCUUGUCACUACUUGCGUGAAGAAUUCUCUGCCAUUGUUGGGUCACCGGUAUUAUUUCAACUGGAUAAAUCGCAGCUCAUUGAAGCACUCCAGAAUAACUUUCUGCAGGCUUCGGAGCUUGAAGUCCUUCAGGCUGUGUUGAAAUGGGGUGAACAAGAGCUAAUUCGACGGAUGGAAGAUAGGGAACCGAACUUGUUAAGCCACACGGCUCAUUCUGUCACACGAAAAGGGAUAAAAAAACGCGAUCUGAGCGAUGUAGAGUUACGGGAGAUUCUUUCCGAACUACUUCCACACGUUCGCAUGGACCACGUACUUCCACCGAGCAACGAAAUAUUGAAUCAAGCGAUUCGUCGUGGACUGGUGAGCACUCCGCCGUCGCACAUGAUCGGAGAUGAUCGUGAGAGUUUACGGAUCAACGCGUGGAUUCGUGGAGGAAAAAACCAUGGAUUGUUUGUUCGACCCCGGCUCUUUAUGCCGUACUAUGAGGAGGUGAAAGUUCUGUUGGAAGACCACAUUGCCUCUCAGCAGGUGGAAUUAAUGCGGAUGCGACGAUCUCGCCACAUGCCGGACAUUCCGGAUACACUGUAUAUGGUUUCGCGACUGAAUAGCAACGCUAGUGGCAACAUCGGCGGGGGAGGAACAGCUGGAGUGGACGUUGUUGCCACGGCUGCAGCCUCAAUCCCUGCCCCUGACGCGGCUGCUAUGGAAGCGAUGCAAAAACGGGAACAAAAGCUACGCCAGGCUCCGAGUUGCCAAAGAGCUCUCACCCUUCCGCUCUCGAGUCGACACGAAAUAAACCGUCAAAUACGGCUUCGGGUGGUACGAGAGUUCAACUUCCCAGACGAGGUUUCCGAAUUGUUGGAGAAUUCCAGCUGCUUCUGUCUGGAUGCCGACGGUUCUACUCCCAAACCACAGGACGAUGACAUACACGCGAGUAAUCAGUCACUAGACGAUGAUACAACUCCACCACCUUCUCCGGCACUGCCAAGUGAUAUUAUUCCGCAGAACGGGUCCCGCUUCGGUCGGAACAUGACAUUCCCCAGACAACAAGCCCAACCUCAACCAGCUCCACCUCAAGUCAUUCCACACAGUUCCGGUGGUGGAUUGCACCUGAAUCCGGGGAUCGGCGGGGGACUGCUCGGUUCCGGGUCGGGCCUUCUCGGUUCCCAUCGGCGUCAGGAGUUACCAUCGUUGAUUCCCGGUGGCGACGUUGUUGCCUUCAGGUUAGCUUCCCAAUCGGGGUCGGACCAUUCCGGAGAGGUUGCCGGCGGCGCUAGUGGUGGUGGAGGUGCGUGUUCCGAGGGCCACCUGUCGGACAUUAUGCCGGACGUGGCGAUGGCUACCGCAUCGCUCGGCCAAUUGCAGCUUGGCGGUGGCGGUGCAGGUAGCGCUGGAGGUGGGAACGAUAUGCCCGAGAGUCUACAUUUGGAUUUGGGUGACGGACCCAGCCACAUGAUUGGUGCGGCCGCUUCCAUGGGACUGCACAAUCUGCAGCAUCAUCGUAUGGCCAAUUCGUCACCGAGCAAUUUCCACCACUACAUGACCCGAGGACAUGCGCCCCCGGGCGAUGCAGGCGGUGGAGGAGGAGGACUAGGUUUAGGUCUGGGAGGCGGUGCUGUGCUCGGGGGUCGAGGAGGUGGGCCAUCCGGAGCUGGAGGAGGACUGGGCCCUUCAUCUGCUGGUCUCGGUGGCGGUGGUGCAUCAGCGUACUCACAACGUUCCAACUCACCGUACAAUCUGCACCGGGCGAGUCCGGGCCUGCCGCAUAACUCCUAUCAUACCGGCCCUCGAUUAUAGAGUCGGCUACAAAUAUUUCCCGACCGGCGUCGGCUGUUCCGGUUACCGUUCUGAUAUAAGAGAACCGGUAAUAGGAGAGUGUAAUAGUUUACAAACGAUAAACAAGAAAAUCGCGCGAAUCUUAUUGAGUUUGGGUGUGAGCGAUUGAAGAGUGAUAAGUUAAUGAAUGUGUAAUUGUUUAGUUAAACAAAUUGACUAAAUUAAAACAACAAAGAGCAUGAUGAAAUUAUAUGUUAAAGUUAAAGCGAAGCAUAAGAAACAACGGCGUUCGUUGGAAUGCGUAUAAGUAGUAAAAAAUGGUGUCGAGAGUAAAUCAUCGGAACAAGUAAAUAGAUAUUUGAAUUAAAUGCUAAGUAUUUCACUGUAAUUGAAAAAACAAAAAACCGAAGAACAAACUGAGAGUAGUGCUAAACUUGACAUUCAUACAACAACCAACAUGUAAUACCUACUUUUGUAAUGAUGAUCGAAGGUGAAUUAUUCAUUUCAAGCUCGUUUUCGCAGAAGGGUGUGAACAGUCUUCAAAACGGAACGAAUUUAAGAUCAUCGAUCCGAUGAACGAAGCGAAGGUUCGUAAUAAUCAAACUGUGACCCUCGAGAGCCGAAGAGGGUAUGGAUGCGAUUUUCCAUUUAGGUAUUUUUUGGAACGUUAUAGUUUUACGUUAAAAAAAAAAACAAAUUUCAAAUUGACACCAGUUUAAGAUUCCAAUAUGAAAAUCGUUAGGCAUUGUUAACUCAAAACUGUAAAACUUCCCACUAACCCCUUCAGGCUCUGAGGGCCUCAAUUGCUUUUUGUUCUAAUUGGUUUUUAAAAAAGUAUCCACUGGAGCACCUCGGAAAUGAAUGAAUGAAAAGUGUUUUCAGUUUAUCUUGAGCGCUAUUUUAACCAUGCAUUAAAUUCUGAGAUAACGCCUUAGUUCCCUUUUAUCUCUCACUAGGAUUAGCACACCAAACUACACGAUCACACAUGCAAAACACGUACAGGCGGUGCCUUUUAUUUAUUUUCCUUAUAGUUUUUAAGAAGAGAAGAGAAAUCUGUUUAAGCAAUAGUGAAAACAAACGUCGAACAAUAUAAGGACUAUUUUUUUUAAACAAAUCAAAUCUAAUACCUAUCCGCGGUUUUAUUGCUAUUUAUUUAUAUACAUGUGUACUAUCAUUAGGUCGUUUGUUUUGAUAAGCAAAAAGAGAAAAUUCUGAGUAUUCGUUAUCGCCCUAUUGUGUAGAUUUUUUUACGCUAUCGAUUAUUUGAAAGAAAAAAAUCUAGUAUCCAUUAGUUAGUCCUGAUUGAGUGCAUGGCCCUGCGAGUGAAUGUAAUUAUUGAGUGUUACCGAAAACAAUACACAAAAAACACAUCAUACUAGUAUUUUUUAUCCUUUUUUUUUCAUAUAAUCGCAAAGAGAAGAGGUCAUAAAAAGCAGACAAGUUAAGCCCGCGAAUAAUACAAAACAAGAGAAGUUGAGAACGAAAAAAAAAAAUAAAA